CCUCAGCGACCGACCGUACUAACGACAACAUUACCACAGGACUCAUCACCCACAGCCGCCACGAUGGUCCGCUACGCUGCGACUGAAAUCGACAACGCAAAGAGCGCUCGCGCUCGCGGCUCUUACCUCCGUGUCUCCUACAAGAACACUCGUGAGACUGCCCAGGCCAUCAAUGGCUUGAAGCUUCAGCGCGCCCUCGCCUACCUGGGCAACGUCACCGAGCAGAAGGAGGCUAUCCCAAUGAGACGCUAUGCCGGCGGUACUGGACGUUGUGCUCAGGGAAAGCAAUUCGGUGUUUCCAGGGCUCGCUGGCCCGUUAAGUCUGCCGAGUUCCUUCUUGGACUUCUUAAGAACGCUGAGGCCAACGCCGAUACCAAGGGUCUGGACACCAGCAAUCUCGUCGUGAAGCACAUCCAGGUCAACCAGGCACCUAAGCAGAGGAGACGCACAUACCGUGCACACGGUCGUAUUAACCCCUACAUGUCGAACCCUUGCCACAUCGAGCUGAUCCUUACGGAGGGCGAGGAAGUUAUCCAAAAGGCACCGAAUGUCGUUGCCCGUGAGCAAGCACAUCUUAGCUCCCGCCAGCGCGGUGUUCGUACCCGAAGGGCUCUCACCCAGGGUUAGAUGAAAUUGGGAUCAGGGGAUGAAUUAAGGUGUAGAAAAACUCAUUGGCGAACAUGGGCUUAAGGGCACGGAAGCGACUUCCUUAUUUUGCAUGUUCCUGCAUCGGGUCUACGUUACUAAGGUCAUAAAUAACGACCAAUACCAUGACGUUCAUCAUCGCGCCUCGUGAUUUGCAAUACAGUCCAAUCGUGAAAUGUAUACUGGGUAUCAUUGCCUGAGUGUUCUAUCUUUAAA